AUGUGGCGCGCGCGCGGACCAAGUGGCGCGCGCGCCGCGGACCAAGUGGCGUGCGCGUGCGGACCAAGGGGCGCGGCGCGCCCGCGCACCGGACCAAAGGGCGCGCCCGCGCGAACCAAGGGGCGUGCCCGCGCGAACCAAGGGGCGCACGUGCGCGGACCAAGUGGUGCGCAACGCGGACCAAGGAGCGCGCACGAAGCGCGCGGACCAAGUGGCGCGCGCGGCGCGGACCAAGUGGCGCCCGCGCGGACCAAGUGGCGCGCGCGUGCGGACAAGGGGCGCGCCCGCGCGGACCAAGUGGCGCGUGUGCCCGUGCGAACCAAGUGGCGCGCGCGCGCGGACCAAGCAGACCAAGGGGCGCGCGCGGACCAAGUGGCGCGCGCAGCGCGGACCAAGUGGCGUGCGCGCGCGGACCAAGUGGCGCGCAGCGCGGACCAAGUGGCGCGCGCGCGCGGACCAAGGGGCGCGCGCCUGCGCGGACCAAGGGGCGCGUGCACGGACCAAGGGGCGCGCACGCGCGCGGACAAAGUAGCGCGCGCGCGCGAAUCAAGGGGCGCGUGCGCGGACCAAGGCGCGCGCGCGCGGACCAAGCAGCGCGCCCAGCGCGCGCGGACCAAGUGGAGCAAGCGCUCGCAGACCAAGUGGCGCGUGCGCGGACCAAGUUCCUUCACCCACCUUCCUCCCUCUUCACCCAUCGCCUACCAUUCACCACAAAACCAGAUCAGCACUCACCCCAAACGAGCCCUUACCCCAGAUGCACAUCCUCCCCUUCUCUCCCACUCUCCCCAGACCCUUCGGCGCUUUGAGUUUGGGGUGGAGGUGCGGCUGGCGCCAUCACUGUGUGAGGGCACCAAGCUCGUCAUCAUCUCUCCUCGCUUUAUGGUUCUGGCGGACAAGGUGCGGCAGCCGUUCCACUGGGAUGACGAGAAGCUCGGCACGUACCUGGUGGCUCGGUUGCUGAGCAGCGAGCAGGAGGAGGAUGAUGUGGAUGAUGGCGCAGAGGAGGGGCCGGAGGAGGGGGAGGAGGAGGAUGGGGUCAGCUUUAGUUCUGAUGGAGAGCACAGUGAGGGGGAAGAGGAGGGCGAGAGAGGGGAGGGAGUGGGGGAGAAACACGCAGUGGAUGAGGUGCGAGGGAUGCAGAGGUUGCGGAGGGACUCAGAGGAUUCGGUUGUGUCGUGUGAGUCAAUGGAGGGUAGAGAGCAGGUGCAGGCAGGGGCGAGCAGCAUUAGGUCUGGAGGCUCCGAUGAUAAGAAGAUGGGGUUGCUUAAGGGCCAGGAGGGGACCGGGGCUAGUGUCAGGUUGCAGGACAGUGGUAGUGACGGGCAGCAGCAGCAGCAACCCCACAGCGGCGACAGGGGCAGCAGAAGUAAGCAGGUGGAGAACGAUAGCAGUAGAAAGGGGGAUGGAAGCUCGGGGAAGGGAGAAGGAAGCAGUAGGCGCUUGGGCGGGAGCAGCAAGUCAUCAGAAAAGAGCGUCAGUCGCACAGAGAACGGAGCGGGCAGCGAAGGCGGGCGUACAUCCCAGAAGAAGAGUGCAGGGAAGGGGCGGCGGAGCAAAGGAGGGGAGAUGGACGUGGACUGGGACUGGUCUGGUGCGUUUGAUAUCGACAAGCCGGGUGAAUCAGCAGUGCGCAUCAGGCACAGGCGCAAGAGGGGAAAGUACGCCAUACUCUCCAUCGACGUCUCACUGAACGGCGCCUCUGCUCUCGUCACGUUUGGCAUCUGCGGCUCCAAGCACAAGCCUCCACCCUAUCGCAUUGAGAACCGCUCGGCCUUCAUGAGCAUCAAGUACGGGCAGCUCACCACCCCCACGCGGCAAAGGCUGCCUCCCAACCACUCCACCAACUACGCCUGGGACCAGCCGCGCAUGGCCCAGCUGCUGCAGGUGGAGAUAGAGGGGUUCGGCGUGACACGCGAGUACGAUCUGGACGGCAUCCGCGAGCUGCCCACCAUCAUCCUCUCAGAAGACGACUUCACUGGCAACGCAUCGCUGAGAGACAGGAUGUUUGUGAUGGUGGGGACGCAUGCUCGAGCUGUGGCAGCGCUGUACGUGAACGUGUAUGCAGACGGAGCCACCAGAGUGCUCUCAUUCUCCGACACCAAACACACCUCCAAGGUGUCGGAGGAGGACGAGCGCACCACGCUGCAGGAGAAGCUGCAGGUGACGAGCGAGCGAAUCGCCUUUGCCCGCAAGGUGCUUCAGCGCGCCCGGGCUCUUGCGGGGGACACCCCACUGGAUGCUCUGGAGGCGAAGGCAUCGUACAUGGAGACUCCCGAGUACAGUGCAGCCAUGGCCAGCUUCACACCCAACCACCACCCCUCCGUGCCCUCCAUUGGCAGCAGCACCUCGUCUGCUCGUAGCACCAGGCGAUUCCGUCGCAGCAGUAGCGACACUCCUCUUGCCUCUACAAGAAGCAAUCCCUCUGCUUCUGUCGUAACUGCCACUAGCGCUGGCAGUGUGAAGGAGCGGUUGUUUUCCAGGGCAGAUUCAGAGGGCUCUUCCCCUCGCACGCCUCCGAAGACCUUCCGCGUGUUUACUGGCAGUAGUUCUGUGCAUUCACCUGCUAGUCAUGCCGCUGGUGAUCCAAACCCCGUCACCACACCACCAAGAAGCCCGCCCCUCUUGAGAAGCUCUGCCCUCCCCUCCUCUGCAGCUAUUGCCACUGCCAAAGAGGCUCGGGCUUCAGGCUGUGGUAACGACAGGGCUGUCAGUGACUGCUUUGAUGGCUAUGCUGACCAAGUGAAGUCGCAGCCAGGCAAGGCUGAGCACCAUAGGAGUAUCAGCCACGGGACAGGGGUGCUGCAAGCAGGGAAAGGCGGGCUAUCGGCCAAGUUGAAAGGAGAGCGAAAGGCGGAAAAAGGGAAGGGUGUCGCGGAGGAUGAUUCAGAAGGAGAACCUUCGAAGGUGGUGGAAAGUGGAGAUAAAGGGGAAAGGAGGGGUGAGGAGACCCAUGCAGGCACCAGCUCACAUUCUCAAACAGGGACCAGAGGAUUUGGCCCUUCACGCCCUGAAUUGGCAAAGCCAGGGGCAGGAAGAAAUGCUGAUGCUGGGGAGUAUGCAGGCAGGGCUGCAAGGCUGGAAGGGCAAGGGGCGCUUGACUAUCUGCACCUCCCUGCAAGCGCGGCUGCUGUGCCUGAGUAUCCGAUGAGACUGGUCGAGGUGACUGCGUAUGGCGUGCAGGCAGGAGCGCAGACUGUUAAGAAAGGGAUGGAGGUGGUGGAAGGGGUAGGGGAGGUUGCAGAGGAGACUUUGAAAGGGAAUGGUCCAUAUGUUGGAGCAGUAAAAGUAUUGGAUGCAGAGGUACCGGCAGGGAAGAUUGUGGAGGCGGUGAGGCAUGUUGAAUCCGCAGCAGCAGAGGUGAAAGGGAUGUUGAAAUCAGCAGCGAAGGCAUUGUCCAAGGAGAAAUUAGACGGGGCUGAAGCUGUGGCAGUUGAGGAAGGGGCGCAUCAGGGGGAGGUGGCCAAGAUGGCAGAUACAGCAGCAGCCGCAGAUGCAGCAGCACGUUCCGAUGUCUCAACUGCAGCUGGGAAAUCACCGGGUGUCUCAGGUUCAGCCGCUACAGCUGGAGGGCUAGCUGAUUCUGGUGGGGGGCCAUGGCAAAGAGUUAAGCAGCGAUUGGCGUUCAUGAGUCAGGGCAAGGAGAAGAGAAAAGCACAGCCGCCGGAGCUGAAACAAGAAGUGAGCAAUGGUGAGGACAUGAAAGGUGGAUAUGAUGGAAGAGAGGACAGGUCAGAGAGGCUUGUUCAAGGGACCAGUGGCGAGGAGAUUCACAGGGUUCUCGAUACAAAUGAGGCUUUUGAGAAGGCUAGGGUCCUUUCACGCGUGAGGGAAGGAUCAGAGGAGGGAAGUGAGGGAGAGGAGGAAGAAGGGGAGCUGUGCAGCCGCAGGGAUGCAGAAAACGAGCAGGGUGUAGGCAUGGGUGCUGGGGCGACUGGUAGUGAUGCUGGGAGAAGCAGCGGUGACAGGGCAAGGGGAGCAGAAAAGGAGAGUUCAGGUGUGGUAGACGUUGAGGGAGGGGGAGAGACAGGUGCAACCCCGAGGGAGGACAGGCAGGGGCCAGGCGCAGCAGAGGAGCAGGGCCAAGGGGAGGCAGCAGAGAGCAGGAAAGGAGAGACAGAGGGAGAUGGAGGAGGAGGAGGAGGAGAAGUAGGAGGAGGAAGUGAGAGGGUGGAUGUGCCUGUGUCUGCAUCGCUCCUUGGUUCCUCUCUGGCUGCUGCUCGCUUUGUCCUGGGGCUGAAGAGAGGCAAGGCCAGACGUGCAGCUGCUGUUAGUGAAGGGGAGCGUGGUUCUGAGAUAGCAUGUGUUGAUGCUGAGGCACAGUCCCAUCCUGCUGCUGAUUCUACCUCUGGUGCUGGUAGUGCGGUUGCUGGUAGUGUGGCUGCAGGAAGCGGCGCUUCUGCUGCUGUUGCAAAGAGUAAAGACGCGGAUGCUAGCUCAUCUGGUUCUCUGGCUCCCCCUAAUUCCGACAACGGGCAUACACGGAAAUAUGCUGGUGGGGUUGAGGCGGAUGCUGAUGUCACCGAUACUCAUGUUGAUGCCCAUCCCAGUGCAGCUGCCGCUGCGCCCUCUGGGUUAACUGCUGGUGCUGCCACAGGUAACAGCAGACAAACACAAAGCGGGCUCAAGUCAAGCAGCAGCAUCAAAGUGUCAUUCAAAUCAGCUGCUGCACGAAUCAUGAAGUCUGCUGCUGCCAAGCCCAACAGACCCAAAUUCUCUGAGGUGGUUUCUGGUGUCAUGGCCGGUUCUGGUUUCACGGCCGAUGCUGUUGCUGCCCUUGUUCCUACACCCGGUACUGCUGUUGCUGAUGAUCCUUUGCUGCCAGAAACAACAGUGGCAGCAAAGCUUAACUCCCAGCCGUUUCCUGAGCCGGGCGUAAGGCCUACCCGCGGUCGUGUGUCCUGGAAAGGUGUUGUGGACAAGGUUAGUGUUGGCACCACUGCUGCCGUGGUCAACACGGGGAAGAGAGUGACAGGAGCAGCAUCAGCUCUUCACUCCGCCGCAACUGCUUUCCUUGACGGCACUUCAGAGAAAGUUCAGGAGAAGUUUCACGAGGCCCAGGAGGCGUUUGAGGAAGCAGAGGAGAGGGCGGGGGAGUGGGGGGCGGAUGAGGGGUUUAAAGUGCAAGUGGGGGCGAUGAGGACAGUGCGCUCUAUGGAAUCAUUCUUUGGGAGACAGGCAGAUAAGCUGGUGACAGCUUCCCGCGUUCCUGACAUGGUCAAAUAUGCAACAACUGCAGAGCUCCGGGCACGCUGGCCCCAUGACAGCUUCAGGUUACCGACGUCUAGAAGCGAGGGAGGCGAGAGUGUCGGGGACGGGGUAGAUAGUGAGUUGAUGCCUGUGCCCAUGUUUGAUGAGCUUCAAAACAUGGCAGGAGCGGCAGCUGCCGCGGAGAGGGAAUUUAUCGGGAAAAAUAGACCUUCUGGAUUGGUGAAGAGUGCGAGUGUUGCGGCAGGGCAGAUGGCAGCAGUAGCGAGGUUAGGUCAGGAUGUGGUCGUGAAGGCUGGGUCUGUUGUGAAGGGAGCUGUUGGGAGCGCCCUUGCUGCCGGCUCGGAGACGGCUGUAGCAGAGGGUAAGGCCUUGAGGGCCGGGGCGGCUGUAGCGCUGAAUGUUAUGGGCGGGAGGCUGGGGGAUAUCAAGGAACACGCAGAGCAGGACUUGCAAGUGAGCCUCGCGGACUGGCGGAGACGAAUGCAGGAGGCGGGGCUUGGGGCGGAGGAGGAGGAAGACAUCAGUGAGUUGCGGCAGGAGCGGAUCCAUCUAGGCAACGAGGAGUACGACGCGGGGGCGAUCGUGGGAGGCGACGUGACGAUUCACGUGAUCAAGGCGAUGGAUCUGGGGCUCCGGCCGGAGAAGACGCAUCCGUACGCGGUGGUGCAGGUGGAGGGGCGGCGGCUGCGGUCGUCGGUGUGCAAGGGCACGGUGUGUCCGCAGUGGGACGAGCUGCUGGUGUUCAAAGGCGUGUCUACUGCGUCCAGCAUGGCUGUUUCCAUCUUCAGCAGCGAAACCAUUGGCUCACACAAGUUCCUCGGGCAGGUGAGCUGUGGUGUGGAGCUGCUUCCCUUGCUCGCCCUUGUUCUACUUACAACACCCGUGGAGCUGUUUGCGGUGGUGCUGCCGCUGGUGGACGGCAGGGCGCUGAACCGCGAACCUGGGUGGCACAAACUGAGUCGGCGCACGGCGCACGAGACGGUGACAGGCAGGGUCUUCCUGUCCACAUCGUGGGAUGCAACAGAGCUCGAGCUCAUGGCGCUGCAGGUGGCUGCGAGCCAAGGAGGCGGAGCUGGACGCACUGGAGGAGCGGAAAGCACACCUCCUUCCGUCAUUCAUUCCCUUCUUCCCCUUCUUCCGUUCGCCUAUUCCUGUGCCCAUUCACCCCUGCAGCUGCGUGCCAAGGAAGCGGAGCUGGAUGCGUUGGAGGAGCGGCUGGCGCAGGAGAGGGAGGCGCGGCCGCGUGAGGCCGUCAUGGCAGCAGAGGCCCUCGCCAACCCGCACGCGCUGCUUCCCCACACGCCCUCCGCAGCCCUGCGCACGCCCACAGGCGGGGGGCCCAUGCUGCGCCGCAUGUUCACUCUGCGUGGCCAUGGCCCCGGGAUGGGUGUGGGCGCCUCCUCUGUGUCGCCUGGUGCAGUGCAACAGCAUGCUGCCAAGGGGCAGCUCAAGGUGAAGGUGGUGGAGGCGAGGCACCUGGCAGUGCCGGCGGAGUGGCUGCGCUCGGUGCACCGAAUGCACGCCUUCGCCGCACUCUCUGUGGUGUCCCCCGCGGGCACGAGCACGCUGCCUGUGAAGACGCGCAUCAUCAAGGGCAGCUUCUUCCCCAAGUGGAACGAGACUUUCAACAUCAACGAUGUCGCUCUCACCUCCUCGCUGCGUGUGCAGGUGUUUGACAAGCCAAAGCUGGGCAGCCCGAACCUCCUGGGCGAAGCUACAGUAGAUGUCACCACCUUCAAGGAUGGGCUGCCACAGUACAUGCUGCUGACUCUCAAGCGAAGUGCAGGGAGAGAAGGGGUGCGUAAACUGCCUGCUCUGCUCCUUCUUCCUUAUCUUUCACCUGCGUCUCCUGUCAACCUAUUGUUCCCCAUUCAUCCCCUCCGGCCCUCGCCCUUAACUCCCUAUUCUUUCUUCUCUUCCCUUCCUCAAUCUCUGACCAUCUUUACUAAAGCUUGCACCUUGUUUCGACUGCAUGCCGCCCAUUCUUUCUGUCAAUUGCAGGAGCAGGAGGCUGUGGGCGGCAGCAUUCGCCUUCGGGUGCACUGGAUGGUGGACCAUGGGAAGAAGGCAGAGGAGAAGACUGGAGUCAACUUUAUGUUGAACCUGCAUGGGAUGACCGUGUCUGUAGUGGACCGCCUGCCUCGUGAGAUCAUGCUGGUGCUGCUGGAAGACAUCUGCUGCUCCUGGGAGGAGUCGGUGAAGGAGGUGGCGGGCAAGGCGGAGGUGGGAAAACUGCAGGUGGAAAAUCAGCUGCUCAUUCCCACCACCCCUUGCCAUGCUCCCUUCCCAAUUCCCAUCUGCCCCACUUCCCCCCUUCCUUCCUGGCACACGAUUGAUGGGGAGCAGGUGAAGGAGGUGGCGGGCAAGAUGGAGGUGGGCAAGCUGCAGGUGAAGGAGGUGGCGGGCAAGGUGGAGGUGGGCAAACUGCAAGUGGACAACCAGCUGCUCACUGCUCGCAACCCUGUCGUGCUCUCUCGCACCCAGGCCUUCCCAGCAGAGGCGCUCUUCCUAGAGCAGGGCAAGGAGCUGGCGAACCAGGCAUCGCUAGCCGGCAUGCUGAGCACGGAUCCCAAGGAGAAGGAGAAGGCGUUUGUGUCAGUGGAGUUCACACGCCUGCUGCAGCACCCCUCCAUCGUCUACUACCGCCGCUUCCUCUUCCAGCUCCAGGAGUUCGACCUGGUUCUGGAGGAGGAUUUCGUGGAUACUGCAGUGGCGUACCUGCAGCAGCUGCCCAUGGAGGACCUGUGGCAGGAUAAGGAUAAGCGGGGCGGGGAGGAGGAGGAGGAGAAGAAGGGCGACGAGGAUUUAGUCGAGGAUAUGGCCGGGGCUCCCAUCACCAGGACUUACCUGACGCGUGACACCACCGUGGUGUCCCCGAUGUCCCGCCGGCACUUAGUUAAGUCUGAGCCGUUGGAGCCGUUAGUGAACAGCAGCAGCUGGGUGGCGGGCAACCAGGGCCUGCGGUGGUACUUUGAGCGCUUCCAGGUGCAGUCGAUGCGCAUCAACGUCACGCUCGUCAUGAACCCCAUCAAGAGCGACGCACCGCCGCCCUCUGGCAGCAGCUCCGAGUGGCACCUCCGCACCACCGCCUCCUCUGCUGGGUUCCCGCUCAUCUCGCUCACCCGAGCCCCGCUGAGGCUCAACAGUCUUGUGCUCGACAAUGCGUUUCAGAACCAGAGCACGCUGCAGACGUACGUGCUGCGCCACUACGGCGUGCAGCUGCUGCAGGGCCUCCACAAGAUCCUCGGCUCCGUCGAGCUGCUCGGCGCCCCGCUAUCCCUGGUGGACAAUCUCGCCACGGGAGUUAUGGACUUUUUUGUUGAGCCCGCCUCUGCGACCACGCCGGAGGAGUUUUUGAGCGGGGCGGUGAAGGGCACGGUGAGUCUGAUGAAGCACUCGUCGUACGGCGUGCUGCACUCCAUCAGCUCCCUUGCUGGCGGCAUCGGCUCUGGCUUCGCCAAGCUCACCUUUGACGACUCCUACAUACAGAGGUUCAGCCAGCGACCGGAGGGAACAUCACAGCAGGUGCUGCGAGGAGCGCAGGACGUGGGGCUGGGCUUCGUGGGGGCGGUCACAGGGCUCGUGCUGCAGCCGCUGGAGGGCGCACGCAGGGAGGGGGCCGUGGGCGCAGUGAAGGGCGUGGGCAAAGGGGUGGUUGGGCUGGUCACCAAGCCGCUGUCGGGGCUGCUGGGGUUUGCGUCGACGCUGACUGAGAGCGCCGGCACAGGGAUCCGGGCGAUUGGGGGGGAUGUGUCAAGGCGGACUGUCCCGCGCAUCCGACUUCCGAGCACGUUUGGGCGAAACGAUGCGAUUGCGCUGGAGCCAGAGGACAGUGUGGAGCUGAAAUUGCUCGAGCCAGAGGACAGUGUGGAGCUGAAGUUGGUCUUGGCCAUCCUGGACUUUGGGCGGUACCGUGACGAGCACCUGUUGGACCAUCUGCAGACGUCGGGGCGCAAGGCAGUGCUUUUCACCGUUGCGCGCCUCAUCUUCUACGACUGCCAGCGCAACGUCUUCUACUGGCAGAUCCCCCUCAAAGACAUAACCUCAGUGAUGGGAAUGGAGGGGCGGCUGGAGAGCAUAAUCCUGUACGAUGCGGAUGUGGUGAUCGCCAGCAAGAAGCUUCCUCUGCGCGUGCCCGCACGCAAGGUCAUCAAAACCACCACCCGCGAGCUCCACAUGGCACUCUUAGUUAAGCUCAACAGACACUUAGCCCGCAUUCGCACAGAACUCCCUUCCUCCUCCUCUCCAUCGACUCCCCGCCACGCAUCCCGUGAGCCUGUUGCUGCUGGCGCUGCUGAUUCUGGGUCCCUCUCACCCUCUCGCGGCCCCUCUGCUAGCUCCUCUCCUGCUCCCUCUCCCUCCACCUCCCUCCCUUCCCCACUCCGCCUUGCUCAAUCCCCUGGGAACGUGUCUGAGCUGAGUGCUGGUGGUGGCAAGGCAGCAGGGAGGCCUGGAAAAGCAGCUGAUGCUGGCGUUGACAAUGGGGCGAGCAGUGGUGGUGGUGAGACCUCCGGUGGUAGAGCAGGGAGAGCCCAUAACAGGAAGCAGUCAUCUCUGUCAAAGGCGUUGACAUUGCAGAGGGAGAAGCAGGAAGAGGAUGAGAAGGCAGAGAAGGAGGAGGAAGGGGCUUCUGAGGCGGCUUAUGUGUUGAGUGUGUCGGGUGGAGCCACUGCUGCAACGGCAGCAACACGUUGGAAAAAGCAAGCCAAUACGAGAGAUGGUGCUGGGGGAGCAGCUGACAAAGGCAAGUCUCCUGCCGAACUGACUCACAGCCGCUCAGCUCCAGCCAGAGCCAGGAAAAGCAGCUUUCGCAGGGGCAAAGGAGGAGGUGGAGGAAGAGGUUACGAUAUGGGCAAGCACGCUGUUAUACAUGAAGAUGUGGAUGUGGAUGCAGCACAUGUGGACCAGGACGACAGUGACGAGGAUGAUUAUAGCGAGGAUGCAAAUGGUGUGGUGGCAAGGGUGGCUCAAUUGGAUAGGGAGGAACGGCAGGAGGUGCGGCGGAAUCUGGAUGCGAUACUGACGACUUGCCAAGUGGCGAUUGCAAGUGCUGGUGGCCGAUCAGACCCUGCUUCAGCUUUGGUUUCUGUGAAAUUUCUCGCACUUGCGGCGUAUUCUCGUGUACAGUCGCAUAGGGCCCACCAGGCCACGUUAGGAGCAAGAGCGUUGCAAGGGGUGCAGAGGGGUGAUUCGCAAUGGGAGGAAGAUGUGUCGGCAUUGCUUCGCACAAUGGUGGCUUUGUCUGAGGGUGGUGAGACUGGUUCGUUGAGAGACCAGUCUCAGAUCUUGGGAACGCUGGAGGCAAUCUGCCACCAAGCCAUUGGCCGG